AUGGAAAUGGACCACCAGGUGCCAGCGACACCUGUCCAGGGCCACGACGAUACACUUGGCGGCAUCGAAGGCUCUCCCCAUAUUGCUUCUAAUAAUGGCUUUCACCACCAGCACAACCCAUCACUAGACCAGUCAACGCCCGCCAGCCCGCGACAAGACGACGACCCCGCCCAUCGAUAUACUCCUCCCGUCUCGGGGCCCUCACACUCACGGCCGGCCAGUGGCCUAUCCAACCCGACACACCAGACUCACAGCGACUAUAGGCAAGGGUCUAAUGAGCCCCCAAACGGCCGAAACCAUGUCGUCAUCAAGGUUGGCAUGGUUGGCGACGCCCAGAUUGGCAAGACCUCCUUGAUGGUCAAGUACGUAGAGGGCAGCUGGGACGAAGAUUAUAUUCAGACCCUAGGUGUCAACUUUAUGGAAAAGACCAUUUCCAUCAGGAACACAGAAAUCACUUUUUCCAUUUGGGAUCUGGGUGGCCAGCGCGAGUUUGUCAAUAUGCUGCCGUUGGUGUGUAACGACGCCGUGGCUAUCCUAUUCAUGUUUGACUUGACAAGGAAGAGCACACUGAACAGCAUCAAGGAGUGGUAUCGGCAAGGCCGAGGAUUCAAUAAGACGGCAAUUCCAAUCUUGGUGGGCACAAAGUAUGACCACUUUGUCAACUUUCCCAUUCAAGACCAGGAGGAGAUUUCCAAUCAGGCGAGAAGAUUUGCCAAGGCGAUGAGAGCAUCAUUGAUCUUUUCGAGUACCAGUCACAGCAUCAAUGUGCAAAAGAUUUUCAAGAUUGUUCUAUCAAAAGCGUUCGACUUGAAGUGUACGAUCCCCGAAAUCGAAAACGUCGGCGAACCUCUUCUGCUUUAUCAGUCAGUCUGA